AUGGCUGCUGUUGUUUAUGAAGAACUGGACGAGGCUAAAGCCGAGAUUGAAAGGCUCAAGAAGCAAUACCAAGUCAAAGCAGAAUUAGCCGAAAGCUUAAAGAGAGCCCACAUUGACCAACUAAGCAAGAACAAGGAAGCCUGCUCAGAGCUGGAAAAGCUAGCUCGAGAGCUUAAUCAAAAGGAUGAAGAGAUUUCUAAUGCGAGACAAAUUUACGAUGAUCUAAAGUCUAUUUUGGCCGAAAAGGAAUCCAUCAUAAGGCAUCUCUCAUCCUCCCAUGAAAAACUCCGACUCGACUGUAAUGAAAAGCUUAAAAAAUGUGAAGAUGAGAAUAAAGCACUAGCAUUGGCUUUGGAUGAUGUAGAUGCCAAAAACAUAGAUCAAGAACGGCAGAUUUGCGCACUUAAGCAAGAAAUCGAAGGUGCUAAGCGUCUUUUCACAUCUUCUGUGAAGAAGUGCUCGGAACACAAGAACAGGACAAAAGCUUCGGAAAAAUUCGAAGCAAGGGAGGAUGAGUUUUUCAAAUUAGACGAGGAAAAAAGAAAUUUCGAAGACCAGCUGAAAUGGAAAAGGGAACAGUUUGUCCAUUUGCAAGAAGCCCAUGAAAAGCUUCGGAAUGAAUAUAAAACGAGAGAAAAGGAGUGGGAAAAGGAUAAAGCUGCACUCCUUGACGGGAUUUCGACUCUACAGACAAAUUUGGAGUCUCAAACUAGAAUUUCAGAAAAUCUCGAGCGCAGGCUUGAAAUGUGCAAUCAGGCACUAGCUCAUGCAGAAAGCAAGCGCAAACAGUUGGAAGUUCAACUUUCGGAAUCAAGAACGAGUCUUGACAGCGUUUGUGCGGAAUAUGACGAAGCCAAGUUGAAUUUCGAGAACAUGACCAUUCAAAGGGAUAUAGAGAUUGGAAAUCUGAGAAGCUCUUUGGGCACAAAGGAGAUACUAUACAAAGAAAUGGAGUAUCAGUUUAAGAAAUCUGAGCUAGAAAAGCAAGAGCUGUUGGCUUCCUUAAAGGAACUCCGAGAGCAACAAAUUCGGGAGUCGGGAUUCUCUCAUUCGUCCUCUAAGCUUCAAAACAAGCUGAAAUCUUUAGAACAAGUCCACAAAGGCUGCUUAACAAGUCUCAAGGCUAAAGAGUCUGAAUGGCAGGCCCAAAGAAAGAAACUGAUAGACGAACUAAAUUCUUGCAAGGGGGAAUUGAAAAAUAAAGAUACAUCAUUGAGUGAGCUCAGUCGAGAGCUUGAAACUUGUAAUUCUUUGAUAAUCAAGCUGGAACUAAUAAAUCAGGAAACCUCACUGCUUCUAUUGGUUCUGAAAUCGGAAUUUUUGAAGAACAAAGAUAUGCAAGAAUACAUGCAUGAGUUAGUGAAGCAGUUGGAUAAAAAGAAAAUGGCUGUUGAUUGCAUCCAGAAAGAUCUCGAGGAUGAAAGAGAGAAAGUCGUGAAUUUGUCUGAAAAGGUGAAAGCCCUGGAGAAUUUGCAACUUCCUCUUCAGAAUGAGGUGGAAAGGCUCAAGGGCAUGCUUGAAGAAUCAGAAAAGUGCCGAAUGCAAUCCGAAGAGCAAUUAGUAAAAAUACAAUGCGACUUGAAACAGGCGAAUGAAGAGCUUUGUGAAAAAUACGCUGAGGCAAGUGAAAUCGAAUAUGAACUGCAGAUAUGGAAAUCGAUUGCCGAACAAAUGGAGGUCAACCUCAAACAUAACCUUCAGAUUCGCUGUGAUGUCGAAGCUUCCCUUUUCUCACAAAUGGAGGUUGAGAUGAGUCUUAAGCAAGAGAGAGAAAACCUCAGGCUUACACUUGAAGAGAAAGAGAAACAAAUAGACGAUCUCAAGCAUCAUCCGGUUGAAGAAGAAAAUAAUACAGCAGAAGAAGAAGAAAAUGAGGCGAAAAGAACUUUUUACCAACUAGUGGAGGAGAAGGAUCAGAGGAUAUACGAGCUUCAGAAGCUCGUGGCUUCCUUGGAAAAGGAGUUCGAGAGCUCAACCUCGAAUUUUUCUUCCAAACUGUCGAAAAUGCAGAGAGAACGAAAUGUGUUGAGUGAAUCGUGGGAAAAAGUCAAAUCGGACAAAGAAUUGGAGGAGAUGGAAGUUCAGGAGAAAAUUAGGGAUUCGGAGAAAACAAUUGAGAAGUUAUCGUCCGAAAACAAGAAGCUGGAAAGCAUGAUUUGUUUGUUGUUUGAGAAAAUGGAUGAGUAUAAAACGGAGGAGGAUUUGAAGCUGAUGGAAAGCUUAGGAAAGAUUGUAGCAGGUUUCGAAAAUGACAAGGAUGAUGAUGGUGAUGAUGAUGAUGAUGAUGAUGCAGUAAAGGAGAAUGUGAAUAUUGUUUUCUCAUCAUCGCCAUUGAUGAAAAAAGUCGAGGCCAUUCGUGAUGAGAGGUCACCGUUGAGAGCUAUCAACUGUUGA